CUACAGUACCUGGACUCCCAACUCUGGAAUGGUGCAUGUGGCCAAAACGUCCUAUUGCCAAAACUCUUGAGUCGGCGGAGAAGAUUCAAUUCUCCGACCUAAUCAUAGGCGCAGGCGGAGAGAGAGGUUUUGUUUUGUUAAAUAAGGUUCAUAGAUUAUAAAAAAAAUGCACUCAUUAGGGUUCAGAGUGAACGCUCUGCUCACGUUGGGUGUAACCGUACUGGCCCUAAUGUGCGUCAUCGCCUCUCUCUCUGAUAACCUCAGUGUCCCCUCUCCCUCCGCUAAUGUCCAGGUGCUAAACUUUAACUGGUUUCAGAAGCAAUCUGAGGGAAACGAAGAGGUGAGCUUGACAUUUAAAAUUGCAGCUGACUUGCAAUCGAUGUUCACUUGGAACACGAAACAGGUAUUUGUCUUCCUAGCAGCUGAGUAUGAAACCCCAAAAAAUUCUCUGAAUCAGGUUUCCCUUUGGGAUGGCAUUAUACCAUCUAAAGAACAUGCAAAAUUUUUGAUUCAUACCACAAACAAGUACCGCUUUGUUGAUCAGGGAAGCAAUCUCAGGGGUAAAGAGUUUAACUUGACUUUGCACUGGCAUGUCAUGCCCAAAACUGGCAAGAUGUUUGCCGACAAAAUAGCUAUGACGGGAUACCGAAUGCCAAAGGAAUAUAGAUAAGGAUGUCAUUCUCAAGAGUUUUGAUAUAACUUUAAUAUCAUCAAGGAUGCUUGUGCGUCGUGGUUGGCUUAACUGAAGAUGAAGGACGAAGGGUUGUGAUUUUUUUUUCCUCUGAGAGACUUAGUUUCCUUAGGCCUAAUAGUUAAUGGGUCUAUAAUGUUGAGAGAUUCAUUUUCCAAGAAAGGAACUUCUCGUGUUUGAAGAGGAGAUUCUAUCAGAUGCCGAAGAGUGGCAUGACCAUGGUCCAUCAGGUAGUUUAUCCAAACAUGCUGCUGAAUGAUGUUUCUAUCACAUGGUCUAAGAAAAGAGAUGGGGGCCUCGUCCUCGUGUUACUAAUUUAACAAGCCAACUUAUAUCC